AUGGGUAGCAUAGGGAAUGACAGCCAGCCUGGCGAGUAUCGCAUCGGUGUCGAUGUGGGAGGGACCAACACCGACGCUGUGCUCAUCUCUCUUCGGCCCAUCCAGAUCAUCGCCUCUCAUAAAGCACCAACGACGGCAGAUGUGACCACCGGUAUCACCGAGGCUGUGCGUGCACUGAUACACGCGAGCAACGUGCCUCUGAACACGAUCAGCUGUGUUAUUAUUGGAACAACGCAUUUCGUGAACGCCGUCGUACAGCGCUCUCCAUCACUUCAUCGUGUAGGAGUCGUUCGACUGUGUGGAGGGGCCGAAGAUGGCUUCGGACUUGGGGUGCCACCCUUUGUCGACUUUCCCAGGGAUCUGCGCCGUCUCAUCAGUACUCCACCCUUCUUCUGCCAGGGCGGGCAUCAAAUCUCCGGGACAGAGAUCUCGCCUAUCGACGAGACUGAAGUGAAAAGCGUGGCCGAGAGACUCGUGAAAGAUGGCAUCUUCGAUGUUGCGAUCUCGGGUAUCUACUCACCACUCAACUCGGCACAUGAGGUACUAGCAGGAGAGAUGCUUUCGAAGCACAUGAACGAGACAUCGGCUGCACUAGGACUGUCGGCUUCUCCACGAGUCACUUUGUCCCACCGGAUAUCGUCUGUCGGAUUCCUUGCCAGAGAGAAUGCCGCAAUCUUGAAUGCCUCGCUCAGACCUCUUGCAGAGAAAACGAUUUCGGCCUUCCAGAAAGCCAUGCAGGAUAUCUUUGCAGGAUCGCCGUGCGCGUUGUACCUCACGCAGAAUGAUGGCAGUGUUCUGAGUGCACCGGAUGCCAUUGACCUGCCGAUCCGAACAUUCAACUCGGGUCCAACCAAUUCUAUCAGAGGCGGCGACUUCCUUUGGAACGCGGCAAGCAUGAAAGCGGAUGGAUCGAGUCCGGAACGUCAGGACGCACUUGUGGUAGUCGACAUUGGAGGGACAACGUCAGAUAGCGGUCUUUUACUUCCAAACGGUCUUCCGCGAAUGAGUUCUCUUAUGAGCCUGGUGGGAGGUGUGCGCACGAAUUUCGCAUUACCAGCGGUGGAGAGCAUAGGACUUGGAGGUGGAAGCACUGUCCGAAUGUCGCAGGGGGAGCUAUCUGUCGGCCCUGACAGCGUUGGCUUUGAGCUGCCACAAAAGGCCCGUCUUUUUGGAGGGGAUGUCUUGACAGCAACUGAUGUUGUAGCGGCAAGCCACUUACACUCGCCUGCCAGAGACAACCCGCUCAAAGGAUUGGGAGAUUCCACGCAGCUGAAAGACAUCACACCUGAUGUCGUCAUGAGGGCCAAGGCCGAGAUGCGACGACUCCUGGAAGAAUUGGUGGAUCGGACAAAGAUCCAGAAAGGAGACAUCGACGUUCUGAUUGUUGGUGGCGGCGCCAUUUUGGUUGAUACCGACGACACUCUUUCGGGCGUUCGUGCUGUGCGAAAAGUCAAGGGCGGUGAGGUCGCGAACGCUGUAGGCGCGGCCAUUUCGCGAGUGUCUGGAGUGGUUGACACGGUUGUGGAUACCUCUCACCAGUCUUUGAAGCAGGCCCAGGAAACAGUGGCAAGGUUAGCCAUCGAUGCUGCAGUCACGAACGGAGCACAGCCAGACACGGUACAGAUUGCCGAAGUGACCGUCCUUCCAAUUCAGUAUGUCGAUGCGAAAGCACGGAUAGUAGUCAGAGCGAUAGGAGUGCUCGAUGUCGUCAAAAUCUCUGAACAAGGCAUGUCUAAUCCCAUGACACUGCCCGAGGAGACCCAACAGAGCGUCGGCCAGGUGGUGGUGGUGGAACCCGAUUCGAAAGCACAGACCGAGGAGAUCAAAGUCCAGGAAUACAAACCUCAUAUUGAGAAGGGCCAAUGGAUAGUCUCGCCGAUAGACCUUGAAUGGAUCGCGACUGGUUGUAAGGUCCUGGGUUGCGGAGGAGGAGGUGACCCAUAUCAACAAUAUCUCAAGAUCAAAAGCGUCGUGGAGAAGUCACCUGGCACUAUCAAGGUUGUCUCAGCCCUGGAUCUUCCUGAAGGCUCCACGAUUGGGUGUACGGGUUGCAUGGGAAGUCCGGAAGUCAGCAUGGAGCGAAUGGAAGCGGAUGAGUGCAACAAAGCCCACGAUGCGCUAAUCCGCGUCAUGCAACUCCCGCCUGUGGAUGGCUUCUUGGCCUUGGAAAUCGGUGGCGGGAAUGGCAUGGUCAACCUCGAGGUGGCUGCAGCGCAUGGAGUACCCUGUGUAGACGCCGACUACAUGGGCAGAGCAUAUCCGACAUAUUGGCAAACCACCAUCAAUGUGUACGGGACCGCUCGAGGUGAGUCACUUUUGCCGGCCACGAUUGCCAGUGGAGAUGGCUCCUUCAUGACAAUGACGGCCAGUCGGACGGACAAGCUAGUCGACAGCGCAUUGCGAGCUGCCACUGUGGAGAUGGGAUGUCGGGCAGGGAAGGCAGGACCGCCCAAACCGGCCCGAGUCGUUCAGGAGCAGGCCAUACUCAACAGUGUGUCUCUAGCUUGGUGGAUAGGCAGGGCGAUUGCGCUGGAGAGGAACAUAGCAGACAGAGCCAACAGAAUUAUCGAGUCGGUCGGCGGCUCUGCCAGUGCCAAAGUUCUGGCAGAAGGCAAAAUCACCAACGUCGAGCGGGUUCUGAGGACGGGUCACACGUACGGCAUUGUCGAAAUCGAUGGCGUGCUGAAUGAUGGGUCGACGGCGACGAUCAAGGUUCCAUUCAAAAACGAAAACGCCUUUGUUGAAGCGGUCAGCACUGAUGGUGCUGUAUCCGUGCUCGCAUCAGUGCCGGAUCUCAUUGUAGUUCUGGAUUCAGAGACGGGCUCCGGUUUGGGGACGCCAGAAUACAAAUACGGCUUGAAGGUAGCAGUCAUCGCCAUCGCAGCAUCACCUCGAUGGACGGACACAUCCAGAGGACUCGAACUUGGUGGCCCAGCGUCUAUGGGCUUCGGUGACGUUGAGUACGUACCUGUAGGUAGAUACACUAUGCCUCGUAGCGUCAUUGAGGCGUAUUCAUAG